GAAAUUAAUGUGAGCUACAGCAUUUUGCGUUAGCGGUGUAUUCCAUCAGUCUAUUGUAGUUCUGCACAUAUUCAAGACAUUAAGAAAAAGUAUUUCAAAAAUGUGAACUGACUUGGCUAAUAAGAACUUUCAAAACAAAAUUUGGGCAAAAUGCUUAUGUGUUCACAAUUGAAACUAUCCGAACGGAGGUCAGCUUCAAAAUUGAAAAGCUGUAACAUAAGUGGAGACUCAAUACCUGUAGUUAUUCGACCAUGUACUCAACGUAAUAUAACCGAAGUCCCACUGAAGAUAACAAAUUCAACUCAUCAUCAUGUUACAGAAAAAAGAUCCCCAAAACUAAGGGUUGUCUCAUUACAUCUGGAAGACCGGCCAAAUAGCAACACUGACAGAAAAAUAACCAGAGCUCCUUAUAGAAUGCCAUUGUUUUGUACGCACUUCAAAACUCUGCAGAAAAACCAUCAACGUGAUAAAAAGGAUAUUGAUGAAAAUUUUAUUGUACGUGGUUUUGAGGUGGGAAGUGCCAACAUACCCUUUCAAACACUUUCAAAUCCAAUCGAACCAGACAACUAUUUGGACCCAGAUGAGGAUGAUCUUAAUUUCUUAAGAAAUGGAAUUCGAAUUCAAUUAACUGAUUGUUGUCAAUGUGUUUGUGAUUUAUUUCAUAGUAAUUUCCCUGUGUCACGUGAUGAUACUCAUGAUUUGAGUUAUAAUGUAACAAUAGAAAAUAAUUCUAAUUCUAAUCAAUUGAGAUCGUUUAGGUCAAAAAAUAUGUCCUCUACCAUUGGUACUGACGCCUCAGCCGCUGCUGCAACGCCUGUGCCUUCAGUAGAAACGCAAUCGAAUGGUGUAUUAGAUCCAAAUAUUUUGAAAGUUAUACGCGUUACAAUGAAUAAUAAGAGUUUAAAGGAAUUUAAAUAAAAUUAUUAUUCGUCAUUAUAGAGUGAAAAUAA